CUAUGGUAACGCAGUGUUGUGCUGUGGCUGUGAUGGAGCUGACGGGCAGUAGUUACUCCGGCUCUUACAGAGAGGGGAGGAUGGAGGGAGAUGGAGUUUAUACUUUCCCCACACAGAGUAGAUAUGAAGGAGAAAUGAAAGAUGGCAUGUUUCACGGAAAAGGAGUUAUGUACUUUCCCAAUGGAGCCAAAUAUGAAGGAACAUGGGAAAAGGGAAUAUGCAAACAGGGCCAGUAUACCUUCUCUGAUGGUCUGCAGUACCAGGAGAAAGACUGGAAUUACUGUGAUGGCUAUGAUCGACGCUUCUACAAUGAGAGAUGCCAUGGACUUAAACCUGCAGGAGAAUCUCAGCUGACUAACGAUGACCCUCCGCUCAUUAUUCCUGAUGGCUGCUAUGACUGUGGAGACGGAUUCUACAAUCCUGACAGCAGAGUCGUCACUGACUACGAGGGCAAUUUCCUUAGGAAUGCUGAUGAUGAGGAGUGUGAGUGGAUAGUGCAGACCUGUCGGAAGAGCUGGGAUGAGUUUGUGGGCUGCUCCCUCAAAAAGAUCAGCUCAGAGGACGGAGGAACCUCACCCACAGGCCUGACCAAUCUCAUUCAUAACUGACUGCACAUAUCGGCUAUCGGCUAUGUAAAGCACAAAAUCUAUGUACAAGAAAGAUUACUUUAAGUCCAGUUCUACAAUACACCCAAAGACAGUGGUACUAAAUGUAAAAUAAUAAAACCACUUUCUUAGUUUAAAGUACAUAAAUUCACUCAUUGAGGCAUUUAUUUUGGCUUUGCAACCAGCCAGUAAACUCAUAUCAGAAUAAAAUGUGACAAAAUUAUUAGCUUAUGUCUGCUACAAACUGAUCUGUUUUCACUGAUGCACAGACUGAGAAAGUUUACAUGCACUCUGAUUACUGAGCUCAAACCCAGCUCUCUUUAUCAGAUUACUCAAUCAGAUAUUUAGACCUUACUCAUUAAUUAGAUUUAGAUCGAUUAGAUUUAGAUUUAACUUUAUCAAUGCCACAUCAGGGAAAUGUACUUGUUACAGCAGCGCAUUUUUUUUACCAUAUUGAAAAAGUAAUGUAAACAGUAACCCAAUGAACAAUACACAUUAGUAUAAAAAAAUACACAGAUAAACAAGUAGAAGAAAAAGACACAAGAGCAUAAAAACAAGAAAAACUAUAAGUUAUAAGCAUAUUGGAUACACACCUAUAUAUAUAUACGUAUAUAUAUAUAUAUACGUAUAUAUAUAAACAUACAUAUACACAUACAUACAAAAUAACAUAUAUACAAAAUAAGAAACCACUUAAAAAUAAUGAAUUUUUGCACCAGGAGUAAAGCAUCAUAAAGUUAUCCAAAAGCAGUGUGUAAGACUGGUGGAGGAGAACAUGAUGCCAAGAUGCAUGAAAAAAACUGUGAUUAAAAACCAUUCCACCAAAUAUUGAUUUCUGAACUCUUAAAACUUCAUGAAUAUGAACUGUUUUUUUUCUUUGCAUUAUUUUAGGUCUGAAAGCUCUGCAUCUUUUUUUUUUUUUUUUGCUAUUUCAGGCAUUUUUCAUUUUCUGUGAAUAAAUGCUCUAAAUAACAAUUUUUUAUUUGGAAUUUGGGAUAUAUGUUGUCUGUAGUUUAUAGAAUAAAACAACAAUGUUUAUUUUACUCAAAAAUAAACCUAUAAAUAGCAAAAUCAGGGAAACUGGUUUAGAAACUGAAAAGGUCUGUUAAGCUAUAUAUAUUCACGUAUACAUACACACACAUAAUCUAAUCAGAAAUCAGAGUAUGGUGUUUACAUAAAUACUGAAAUUGAAUAAUCUAAUAACUGUAGUAAUAUUUGUAUAACGUACUGGAUGACUUUAAAUACAGGUCAGCCAAACAGAUUUUAGAACCAAUGCCAUUCAUUUAAUAUUAGAUGAUUUUCCAGUGGUUCUUUACUGUAGACAGUCUAUUUAUAUAGACAAAUCCAGCCCUGUUGUGUGUGUAUGUGGAUGUGUGUGUGUGUAUAGUCUGUGUGUCAGCGUGUCCUCUGUAACUGGACCCUGGACGGAGAUCAGUCCGGUGAUGCAGACUGACACACACUUCCUGUGUGUGAUGGUGCUGGAAUCAGUGAUUGAGUCAUUACUGCACACACUGACCCGUGAAGAGCCUGGCAGCUCCGCCAUCGGCCUGUGAUUGCUUCCUGCUAUAUACGCUGUACACACACACACACACACACACACACACACAUAACACACACACACAUUAAACACACACACAUUACACACACACACACCAACCCAUAAAACCUAAAUAUACUGAAAACCCAAAUAAAGCAGGAAGAUAUACUGCCUAACACCAGCGCUUUCUCCUAUCAGAGCUUGAGUUAUACACUCACAUAUUAAUGUAUAAGAUAAUAAACACAUAUAUAGAGUCUGUAUCUGAGCUCUCGCCACACAGAUCAGACUGGUUUCCAUUUAAUUCAGGUUAAAUUAGUGUGUAAAUGUCUGAUGAGCUGUGGGCUUCAGUUCCUAUAUAAAGGAAAUUUGUCUUUCUUUGGGUCCUCUUCUUAAAAAAUA